AUGGAGAAGAUACAGCGUUACGGAAGAAUGAUAAGACAGUUACGUGUUAUUCCGAAACUCGAAAGACAUUCGAUGCUCAUACGAAAUUGUAGUACAAGCAAAACUUUAAAUGAAAGUGUAGCUCAUACGGAAAAACAAUCCCACAAAAAUUCCGCGCUCGAUAAUAAUCGGCAUUCCAAGUUUGUGGACCUUGGAGAUCCUGUAGGAAAGGUUGUACUGGGAGAAAUUUUCAAUGUUGUAGGGAAUGACUUAUAUAUUGACUUUGGAUGGAAAUUUCAUUGUGUGUGUUCAAAACCCAAAAUAAACUCAGAAAAAUAUAUCAGAGGUGCAAGAGUCAAUUUAAGGAUAAAUGAUUUAGAAUUGUCUACAAGAUUCUUAGGGUCAACUACUGACUUGACGAUUUUGGAAGCAGAUUGUAUUCUUUUAGGCCUGGUGUCAUCCCCAUUGAAAACUCAGUGAAUACG